UGAUGGUCCAACUACACAAUACAGGCAAAAACACAAUUUCUAUCUAUUUACAAAAAGGCUUUCUGAUUACGGAUAUGAGAAAGGAAAAGGCCCUGCUGACGGUGUUGGCGGAGCAAUAAAAAGGAAACUUGACCAGCGUGUAGCUCAUGGACAUGACAUCACAAAUGCUGAAGAAGCAUAUUCUUAUUUACUAGAUAAUGUCAAUGUCGAAAUACACUAUGUUAGCGAAACAAAUAUUGAACAGAUGAAUCAAAUGAUUCUUAAUGAUGUGGUUCCUGUAAAGGGAACUAUGACAUUGCACCAGAUAAUUUAUGACCGUCAAAGUAAACAUACAAUUUACUACAAGACUUUGAGCUGUAUUUGUGAUAAAAACGAGCCAUGUGUGUAUGGAGAAGACAUGAAACAGCGUGAUCUUGUGCAGCAACAGCAGACAAAUGAGCGAGAAAACAUGAGACUUAAACAGAAAAGAGAAGAAAAUACACAGUCAAGCUUGGCACUUUCAGCAGACGAUCGUACCAAAAGUAACAGUAAGAAAAAGAUUACUAUAUUAUCUUCAGUCAAACUUACACCCAAAGAUAUUCCCUUAUUGCCGUUGCAACUAAAAACUAUCAACAAAGAUUUUGAAAUUUCUACGGGCCAUGACUUACGUCAGAAAUCUCAAAUCUUAACAACACAAAAAGACAAAAUCUGCCAAAGAGGCCUAAUUAAAUUGGCAAAAAAAAAACGAAAGAAUCAAACGCAUAAAAAGGUCGACGAGAUCUUUAAGCAAUUCAUCAACAUCUGUUGA